AUGAAAGCAAAGGCAAGAGUACCUGAUGAGAUGGAAAUGAAGGCCAUAAAAACGAUGGGAGCUAUGGAGGAAGGAGAUGCAAUAUUUGGUGCCGGUGCUGAAGUGAACCUCGAUUCACAGCAUGAUAACAUGACGAUAGUUGUAUAUCUAUAUUUUCCAAUAUUCUGCCUUGAUACUGGAUUAGCGACAGAGUUCUCAGAAUUCAACUGGGAUAUGGCGUGA